AUGGCUCCUCGGCUGGUCAGGCUCCUAGUCGUCCUGUCAGGUGUUCUGUGCGCGCGCUCCUGCUGGGCUCAUACCUGUCCAACGAUCUGCAGCUGCAGAGAGGACACCUUUGAGUGCAGCAGAGACACUCAGCUGGCCUCCAGAGCAGCAGCCAGAGCCGUGACUCGACUGUGGCUCUCUCAGCUGUGCUUUAAAGAAGUCCCUACUCAUGCCUUCAGGGAGCUCAUCAACAUUACAAUUAUAGAGAUUUCCCAGAGCGACUGCAUCAGGCAGAUAAAGAGACAUGCCUUCUUUUCCCUGCACAGCCUGGCUCAAAUCUUGGUGCAGAAUAUCAACAGCUUGAGGGUUAUUGAAAAAGGGGCCUUCACCGACCUUCCAAAGCUGGAAUAUCUGAGUAUCUCUAACACAGGGCUGAUACACUUCCCCGACUUCACUACUAUUUCUUCCCUGGUGCCAAAUAUUAUCCUAGAAAUGGCAGAAAACAUGAGGAUAGAAGUCAUUCCUGCCAAUUCUUUCCAAGGCAUCACAGAGGAAUAUGUUGACAUGAACCUGUUCAGAAACGGCUUCAAAGAAAUCAAAUCUCAUGCGUUCAAUGGAACCAAGCUCAAUAAACUCAUUUUGAGGGACAACAGACGCCUGAGUAACAUCCAAGAAGAUGCUUUUGAAGGAGCCACAGGUCCAAGUGUUUUGGAUGUCUCCUCCACAGCUCUAAGCUCCCUCCCCUCUAAAGGCCUGAGGCAGGUGAGGUUUCUGAAAGCCAGCUCUGCCUUUGCUCUGAAGACCCUCCCUCCGCUGGACAGCCUGUCCGAUCUGCUGGAGGCCGAGCUCACGUAUCCGAGCCACUGUUGCGCCUUCCACACAUGGCGGCGAAAGCAAAGGGAAAGUGCCUUAAAGAACUUCACAAAGUUUUGUGAUUUGAGCCAAACUGAAAUAGAGCCCACUUCAGAUGGCAUGAAUCUUAUUGAUGACAUCAACUUUCAGUAUCCAGAUUUGGAAAUCAACUGUCUCAACAACCCCUUUGUUAAAUGCACGCCAAAGCCGGACGCUUUUAACCCCUGUGAGGACCUGCUGGGAUUCCCCUUCCUGCGCUGCCUCACCUGGAUCAUCACGGUUUUUGCUGUAACAGGUAACCUUGCUGUUCUGAUCAUCCUGCUGAUCAGCCGCCAGAAGCUAACCAUCUCUAGAUUCCUCAUGUGUAACCUGGCCUUCGCUGACCUGUGCAUGGGGCUCUACCUGAUGCUCAUCGCCCUCAUGGACCGGCGAUCCCGUCACGAGUACUACAACCAUGCCACAGACUGGCAGACGGGGCCUGGAUGUGGCGUAGCAGGGUUUCUGACGGUGUUUGCCAGCGAGCUGUCGGUCUACACGCUGACUGUGAUUAGCCUUGAACGCUGGCACACAAUCACCAACGCCAUGCACGUUGAUAAAAGACUGCGGAUGCCCCACGUGGCAGCCAUGAUGGGGGCUGGCUGGAGCUUCUCUCUCCUUGUGGCGCUGCUCCCUCUUGUGGGGGUCAGCAGCUACAGCAAAGUGAGCAUCUGUCUGCCCAUGGAUAUCGACACAUUGGGCUCUCAGGUGUACGUUGUAGCCGUGCUCAUUCUCAACGUCGCUGCUUUCUUCAUCGUCUGUUUCUGCUACAUUUGCAUCUAUCUGAGUGUCCACAAUCCAGAGCACUCAGCCCGCCAUGGAGACACCAAGAUUGCCAAGCGAAUGGCUGUGCUCAUUUUCACAGACUUUGUGUGCAUGGCACCAAUCUCCUUCUUUGCCAUCUCUGCAGCCCUGCGUAUGCCCUUUAUCACCGUGUCCCAUUCAAAGAUCCUGCUGAUCCUUUUUUAUCCAAUCAACUCCCUCUGCAACCCCUUCUUGUACACCCUCUUCACCCGGGCUUUCAGGAAGGACGUGUACCAGCUACUAAGACGCUGUGGCUGCUGCCACGGCAACGCUUCUCUACAAGUCACAAACUCUGGCUUCACACCUGAACUCAAACAAUAA